UCUCAUAACCAGUUCCAAGCGAGUGCUCGUGCGGUGAAUACGUUCAAAAACAUUUUCUGGUCCGACGUCAUUGAACGCCUACUUUUUGCAAAAUUUAUGUGAACAAAUCAGUAUAUUAUAAAAGAUAAAUGUAGUCGAAAACGCCUUGCAAACUAUAAUCAAGUGCAGCAAAAUCUUGUUUAUCGUAAAUUUAAUAAAUAUCGCCAAAAUUGGGUACUUAACAAAAACUUCGUUUGUAAUAACGGAGGGCAACAGAGGCGACGACAUGGGGUUUGGUUCGCGCAUGGACUGCUGCGGGCAGUUUGUGAAAUACAGUCUAUUCAUAGCGAACUUUGUUAUGUUUGUAGGAGGUGCUAUUGUUUUCAGUCUAACACUCUGGACCCUGGUUGAUCGCAGCUUUGUCAAUGAAUUACUGGGGACAAAUCUUUUCUCCGGUGCUGUCUAUGUUCUGUUAGUCACCUCUGUCAUUAUUUGUUUGGUUUCAUUUCUUGGUUGUAUAGGCGCUGGAAAGGAAGUUAAGUGCUUGCUCUUAUCGUAUUUCAUCAUCGUUGCUUUGGUUUUCGUUACCAUGCUAAUUGGCGGCGUUUUGGGCUAUGUAUUUCGUGAACGAGUGCAGCAAACUAUGCGACAGGAAAUGCGUUCCACAAUGGCCUUAUAUGGUAGUCGACGUGAGAUCACACAGGCUUGGGACUUAACACAGGAGCGCUUACAAUGCUGCGGCGUUGAUACUUGGCACGACUGGAAUCGAUAUGGACCUGUGCCGGAGUCAUGCUGUCAGGAACUGUUUGGGGGACAACGCAAAGAGUGCACCAUCUUUCCCACAAUUACGAAUCUAUAUAAUCAAGGCUGCUUGCAUGUGGCUACAAAUUUCAUACGAGACCAUGCUGCAGUAAUUGGAGGCACGUCUAUAGCUGUGGCUAUACUCAUGAUAUUUGGUAUGAUUUUCUCUUGUUUGUUAUUCAAUAUGAUUGAAUAGCAUCCGUUUACACAUUGUCAUAGUCAAGUCA